AUGAGCCAAGACCCUGUGUAUCUCAGGUUUCUUGAGUCAUUCGGACCAGGCAUGACUGCAGCAUCUCAAGUCUUCGCCAUCCCGGAGCUUCUGGAAAGUAUCCUACUCCACCUUCCUGAACGCGAUCUGCUACUUGCGCAGCGUGUCAAAAAGGCUUUCCGAGAUGCCACUACCGCUUCCUUGCAUCUGCAACGAAAGCUAUUUUUGACAGCUGAUGCCAAGCUGGAUGACGAGCUGGUCCCCGAGUGGAAGUGGAAUCCGUUCAUUGACAUCUUCAGGCCCGGAAAAGGCUGCACUUACCCAAUGCCUGACUUGCCAAGAUCAACGUAUAUGAUCAGCUGGUGUAUCUGGCGAAACGCAAACGUGGAAAGCACGAUGAGUAUCGAUGAAUUCCUUGAUUUGAAGUCUCUUAGGAACGCCGACUACUCUUCCGCCUCUUGGAAACGUAUGCUCUUCACGCAACCUGCGCUUCGCGAAAUGCAAAUGCGGAACGUCCUUUUAUGUCGUCACGACUUUACCUUCUAUCCUAUACAUAAGAUAGAGGACGUUAAGGGAGUGCAGACGGGGCAGUUGAUUGUGAUCGCUUGGCAAGGUCAUGCGCCGGCUACAAUGGAUCACAGCAUCAUUACAGAAUUUGAACAUCGAGGUAAACCUAGGCUCUGGAUACGGAUGUUUAAUCUGCCCCAGUUCGGAGAUAUAACCGGUAAUCAUCCAACUCCCCUCAAAGGCGGUACCUCACCGGUUUAUAGACCACUCUAG